CAAAUUUGGUCCACGCGUUGCCUCCUCUCCCUUCUCCUCAAUGAAUCAAUCAAUCAAUAAAUAAAUAGGGCAGAGCCAGCCAGCCAACCCACCCACCCACCCGCAAAGCUCCCAUCUUUUUCCUCUUCCUCCGCCGCCGCCGCGCUUCCUCAUCUCGCUAGGGUUUCCUCGUCUCCCGAUCCCCUCGUCGAUGGCGGCCGCUGGAGACGCCGGCGAGAAGAAGAUGAUCACGCUCAAGAGCUCGGACGGCGAGGAGUUCGAGGUGGAGGAGGCGGUCGCCAUGGAGUCGCAGACAAUCCGCCACAUGAUCGAGGACGACUGCGCCGACAACGGCAUCCCGCUCCCCAACGUCAACUCCAAGAUCCUCUCCAAGGUCAUCGAGUACUGCAACAAGCACGUCCAGGCAAAGCCCGCAGACGCCGGGGCCGCCUCCGACACCGCCUCUGCCGCCGCCGCCGCCGCCGCCCCCGCAGCCCCCGCUGAGGACCUCAAGAACUGGGACGCAGAGUUCGUCAAGGUCGACCAGGCAACCCUCUUCGACCUCAUCCUGGCUGCCAACUACCUCAACAUCAAGGGGCUGCUGGACCUGACCUGUCAGACUGUUGCCGACAUGAUCAAGGGCAAAACCCCAGAGGAGAUCCGCAAGACAUUCAACAUCAAGAAUGACUUUACACCUGAGGAGGAGGAGGAGAUCCGCAGGGAGAACCAGUGGGCCUUUGAGUAGAGGAGCAUCUAGGUGGUGCCGCUGCCGCUGUGCUGAAUGACCAACUCUUAGUAUUUGUCAUGUCUGCAUUUCAGCGCUCUUCUUUAUGUCGUCGUAAUGGGUUGUAAUUAUCCUCGAGUCUUAUGAGGUGGUGUCGGUGAACAUCUUCGGUCAGUGUUUAUGUUUGUGAGAACAAAAAAAAAACCUAUUGUGGUCAGUGGUUAUCACUUGUCAAACUGAAUCUUAAUCGUCGAGCGAAUGUUUUGCGUUAUCAUCAAA